CGAGCUGGCUCUCUUUUCGACCGCAUUGCAACAAAGUUUACAGUGAUACAAAAAUACCGCGAGCGCUUCUGUGCAAUUUAAACGCUUUAGUCGCGUGUGAGGGUCAUAAUCCGGUUCGUAAUCCGGUAGUAUUCUGAUGUAGUUUACAUGCAGUCGGUUUAAGUUGUCGGAAAAGAUCGAAGUGCAAAGGGGAAAAAACUGCCAGUGGAUUUGUGUCCUUCUUAACGGUGGAAUUCGAAUUUAGACACGUUUUAGAACGUUUUGAUAUAUUUUAUUAUUAUUAUUAUUAUUAUUAUUAUUAUUAUUAUUAUUAUUAUUAUUAUUAUGAUUUUUUAGUGUUAUAGUAUGAUAUAGGACUUUUUCCACAUUUCUUCUGUUUAUCCAGUUUUUCUGGUAAGUCAGUAGAUUUUUUUGCCUUUGCUUUUGUAUAAACGUGAUCAAAUCCUCUUAAGGGUUUUUCUGGGGUUCCCCUUUGGCUUGUUUGUGUGUUUUCUUCUCAAAUCGUUUGUAUCACUGCUGAUUUGGUUGCUUAUUGCGGGUAAAGAUCUACAUUUAUCUUAAAACAACAACAACAAAUAAGACUUGUGUGUGAAAACAUGCCAAAGAGUCGAGCAGGCGUCCACAAGCUCCUUCUGUCUCGCCCCCAAACCCCCAAGCUGUCCUAUGGUUAUAACUCCAACAUGAAUGUGGGCAGAAGUGGAUACAAGGUCUUCUGUGCCAACAACAUCCCAGCAUGUAACGAGUUGGCCGUCAAGAUCACUGAGCGUCUCGGUGUGGACUUGGGGAAGUCGCAGGUGUCUGAGGGAGCUGAUCACGAGACCAGGGUGGAGGUGAAGGAGUCGGUGAGAGGACAGGACAUCUUCAUCAUCCAGACCGUACGCAGGGACGUGAACUCAGCCAUCAUGGAGCUGCUGGUGAUGGCGUACGCACUGAAAACGUCCUGCGCCAAGAACAUCAUCGGCGUCCUCCCGUAUUUCCCCUACAGCAAACAGUGCAAGAUGAGGAAGAGAGGAUCCAUCGUCUGCAAGCUGCUAGCAUCCAUGCUGGCUAAAGCAGGUUUGACUCACAUCAUCACCAUGGAUCUACACCAGAAAGAGAUCCAGGGUUUCUUCAGUAUUCCUGUGGAUAACCUGCGAGCUUCACCUUUUCUAUUGCAGUACAUCCAGGAGGAGAUCCCCGACUUCAGAAACGCUGUUAUUGUUGCUAAAUCACCGUCAGCUGCCAAAAGAGCUCAGUCAUACGCCGAGCGCCUGAGACUGGGUCUUGCAGUAAUCCACGGUGAAGCUCAAUCCGAGUCUGAUCUGGCUGACGGUCGACACUCUCCUCCGGCGAUCAGACCCUCGUGUGGACCUCCGGGCCUCGAGCUGCCGUUGUUGAUGGCUAAGGAGAAGCCGCCCAUCACCGUGGUGGGAGACGUCGGGGGUCGAAUCGCCAUCAUUAUUGAUGACAUCAUCGAUGACGUGGAGGAUUUUGUGGCUGCGGCGGAGAUCCUGAAGGAGAGAGGAGCGUAUAAGAUCUACGUCAUGGCCACUCACGGUUUGCUCUCGGCCGAAGCCCCGCGCCUCAUCGAGGAGUCUCUUAUAGACGAGGUGGUGGUGACCAACACGGUCCCCCAUGAGCUCCAGAAGCUUCAGUGUCCCAAGAUCAAGACGGUGGACGUCAGUAUGAUUCUGGCCGAAGCCAUCCGCCGCACACAUAACGGAGAAUCCAUGGCCUACCUGUUCCGCAACAUCACCGUGGAUGACUAACGGCACCAUAACGAGCACAACGAGUCCUCACGCUGAUCCAGGACCAGUCUGGGGCUUUCCCUGUGGUGCUGGUGGCUUAUCUUAUGGUUUCAGUGGGUCUGGUUUUAUCAAAAGAAUAAAUAAAUAAAUAAAUGAAAGCAGUAUGUAUGGAGAUCUGCCUCACUCAGGAAGCUCAGGCUCCUCCUAUCUGUCUGAUCAGGGAGGAGGAGAAGAGAAGGAGAAGCACUACAUCAUUCCUUUUGGAGAGAGCAGUGCUCUAACAGUGUUAUACUCACGUGUGUGUGUGCGUGCGUGUGUGUGUGUGUGUGUGUGUAAUACAUGCACAUUUCCUGUCACACCUCCUCUUAUGGUGGCAUGUAUAAAAAUAGUGGACCAAUAAAUCAAGAAAAAUGA